UCGACGACUUGCUGGCGCGAGUGGGACCACGAAUUGCCAAGAUGAACACCCGUUUUCGUCAGGCAAUUGGUCCUGCUCAGCGCCUUGCUAUUUGUCUACGAUACCUCUCAACAGGGGAUUCGUUCAGGACAAUAUCCAGCAACUACAGGGUGGGCCGCUGCACCGUAGGAAGAGUGGUGAAAGAGGUGUCAGCUGCCAUCUGGGAUGCCCUGCUGCCUGAGUACCUGCCUGCACCAUGCAUGGAGGACUGGCGUGCCAUAGCAGAAGGGUUCAGCCAUCGCUGGAACUUCCCCAACUGUCAUGGUUCGGUGGAUGGGAAGCAUGUGGUCAUCGAGGCCCCAGACAACUCCGGCUCCCUCUACUACAAUUACAAGGGCACAUACUCCAUUGUGCUGUUGGCUGUGGUAGAUGCUGACUACCUCUUCAGGGUAGUCGACGUCGGUGGAUAUGGCAGGACGAGUGAUGGCGGCUCCCUCUACAACUCGGCUUUUGGUGAGGGCCUCCGAGAUGGCACCCUGGACCUCCCUGAAGAUGCGGUCAUCCCUGGGUCUGAGCAUCGUGGUCCAAUGCCAUUUGUUUUUGUGGGUGAUGAGGCAUUUCCCCUCCGCCGUAACCUCAUGCGCCCUUUCCCUGGCCCCCAUGUCCCUGGAGAGCAGAGGGUAUACAACUACCGCCUCAGUCGUGCCAGGCUUGUAGUCGAGUGUGCUUUUGGCAUUCUGUCUUCGCAGUGGAGGAUGUACAUAAGAAUGAUGGCUGUCAGCCCCACUACUGCUGAGUCGUGUGUCAGAGCCACUUGCGUGCUCCACAACUACCUGCGCGUCAUGACCCUGAGGAGAAGGCAGAGGGCAGGUUGUUACCGCAGGCCUGAUGAUGGUAGUUGCCUCCGGGGAGUUUCCAGGAUGUCUGCGAACAACGCCACACGGGAGGCCUUGAGAGUGAGGGGCAACUUCUCCUCUUAUUUCAGCGGAGAGGGUGCUGUUCCAUGGGAGGUACAGCCAUAGACAGAGCCAGCAGCUGCAUAACACAACGGCUCUUUUAAGAGCCACCCACAUUGUCCUUUAAAAGCGUAAUUCCAAAGUAGCACAAGCAUUACAUACACUGCUCUUUAAAAGCAAAGGUCCUUGUUCCAUGAUUAUAACACAUGGAAAUGUAAAGCAU